AUACGUUUAGAAGACUUCAAUGAUAAAGAUAAUUGGAGUUUUUGCUGUAAUGUUGCUGACAAACAAGAAAGUUUACCAACAUUAAAAGUUGUUGGUGUUUGGAAUUCUCAUGAAAAUUCAAAAGUUGACCAAGAGAAAUUUUACCACCUUUUUCAAACAGGAUGGUUAGAAUUGAAGAUGUUAGACCGCAGAUCACUAAGUGCCCGAGUCUACACAAAUUCUUCCAGAAAUGGGUUCUUUUGUUGCACAUGUAUCCUUUUUGAUCCAAAUGAUCUUCAAAAGUCAUAUUUUAUUCAAGAGAACAUCACUGCACAUAAAAAUGUUAGUGAAUAUUGUCAAUCAGAUGCUAUUCCUUCUGCAGUUGUGAAGAUUGUACAAGACGUCUGCCAAAAUGCUGAGGAUAUUGCUCAUUUGGAAGAAAAUCAUAGAAUGACAAGUUAUUUCCACAAGUCUCCUUGUUUAAAAAGUUCUUGCCUGGACAUUAUUCUUACAUUAUUUAUAUCACCAAUCAAAUUCAUUAGUUCCUUGUUUGUAUUUAAGACUGCCAAUAAAUAUAUUGAUAAAGUUUUGUUUACUUCUGCAUUUGCACGAGUUAUGAAAAUGAAACAUUCUCAGAUUGAAUUGCAGACAAAGAAAGAUGCAAAGUCACCUCUGAAAAAACUCUGUUACUUGGACCUUGGAUAUCGUCAGAUUAUGGAUUCAUUAUUAGGAAUUUUAUGUCUAUUUUUACUGUCUUGGCUGACAUCACCCCAAGAUAUUGCCUCUCUUAUCCUAUACUGGACAAAGACCACUGUAAUAAGUUUGUCAAGCAUCCUGCAAUGGUUGAUGGGCUCACCUGCUGGUCUCAAGCUUAACGCACAGCUUAAUGGGUUCUUGGGAUCAUUUUUCAAGUACAACAUUUAUGUAUGGACUACUUAUUUGACAGUAAUUCUUGAACCAAUUCUUGCCACAUUUCUUCAGUGCUCUUUGUUUUCGGGGAUCUUUGGUUUCUCUUUGCAACUUAGCCUUCUCCAAGAUAUUGUAUCUUUAAUGGCGCUUCAUAUAUAUUGUUUCUAUGUUUUUGCUUCACGGUUUUAUUAUUUCCAAGUCUACACUCUUUCAUCUCUUUGGCGUCUGUUUUGUGGCAAGAAAUGGAAUGUUCUCCGUCACAGAUUAGAUACAGCAUCAAAUGAUAUUGAUCAUCUAUUUGUUGGGACCCUGUUUUUCACAGUACUUUUGUUUUUAUUGCCAACUACAGUGGUGUAUUACAGUCUUUUCACUCUGCUCCAUCUGGUUAUUCUUCUAUUCCAUACUUGUAUCACAUCAAUUACAGAGUGGGUUAUAAAUGUACCUAUUUAUUCAAUGAUGCAGUGGCUCAUAAGAGCAAAAUCUGUUGCAGGCCAUGUGAUAUUCCGUGUGCAUUCUUGGGAGAAAGCUCCAGGCAGUACACUGAUUUUAGCAAUGCAGGUUUCUCAAUUUACAUUCAGCCAAGUCUUUACAAUUUUGAAUGAGAAGCAAAGAACCAUGAAUAAUGUGCACUCAGUAUGGUCUAAGAUAAUAAAAAAAAUUAUAAAAGGACAUUUUGUAUAAACAAUAAUUAACACUAAUAUAGAAAUAAAAAUCUAUAUGUUU